AUGGGUGAAUCUGCUGUUCUGGUUCAUUCGUAUUCGUUCGCAGCUCCUAUCACCCGUAACGAUUCUCAUGAGGAUAACACGAUCCAUGCGCUUAGCCAAUCAAUCUCAUUUGGGAAAUUCAUGACAGAGAAUCUCGAAUGGGGAAAAUGGUCAAGCUUUUCACACAAGAAGUAUGUAGAAGAAGCAGAGAAAUACUCGCGUCCAGGAUCUGUUGCGCAGAAGAAGGCUUUCUUCGAAGCUCAUUACAAGAGAAUAGCCGAAGCCAAGAAAGCAGCAACGGAGGAACAACCAACCGUAACGCCUGCUGAAGUUUUGCUUCACACUUUGGAAACACAGCCUCCGCUGAAUCUGCAACAGGACGAAGAAUCCGAGAGGAAAAGCGUUCAGAUCGAUGAUGCUGUCUCUGAUAAGAAGCCGGAUGUUGUGGAUGUUUCUUUGGUCGUGAAUGAAGUGGAAGAGAAAGAGACUGGUUUGAUUGGUGGUGAUGCUGAUAAGGAGAAGAAACAAGAGGAGGAGUUGUUGAAGGAGGAUUGGUCUGUUGGUGAGAAGAAGAAAGAAAGGAGAUCGAUAACCAAGAAUAAACCGGUGUUUAGGUUGUCUCUAGAGAAAACAAUCCCUCCAAAAUCUAUUGAUACAGAGAUGGAGAUUGGCUUAUCAGAGAAAAGAAGCGAAAGACCAAUAACUCAAAGUCCAGAGAACCCGGUUCAUCGCCAGAGAUUCAGUUUCUUGAACUGUUUCAUGGGUACUGCUAAGACUCAAGAUCAGAAUCAGAGCAGGAAAAAGAGAAAGACGGAGGAACAGAAACAGAAGAAGCAGUUUCUGUGUUUUUGUUUGAAGCCAAAGACUGUAAGAGAAUGA